AGUGUACACAUAAAGGCAGGCGGAUGAAAGAAAGCAAACAGCAGCUCAUUGAAACCCGUCAUCCAUAUUAUCAGUUAUUUAUCAUAUCUGAUAUCUAUAAAGAAAGGUAUAAAGAUUCCUUCUCUUCUUUAAUUGGAGCAAAGAUUCCUCUCUCAAGCAAACAAUCCAAGAAAGAAAGAAGAAGGAUUAGGUGCAGAGCUGGUAUUGGGGGAUUGAGAUUUAUACAGCAACCCUCCAUUUCCCCGUAUUUGCUGAGACUAGAGGCCUCUGCGCCCCCCCCAAAAUGGACGACGAUGUUGUACAGCGAGUCUUCCAAGAAGGAGGCCGCGACUUUUUCCAACAGCAACCCUCAACUUCCUCUUCCUCUUCCUCUAUUCUCCAGUCACUUCCUCUCCAUGUGUCUUUUGAUCACGGGUAUUAUUUGCUAGUAAAAUCUAUCCAAGAACUUAGAGAGAAAAAAGAGGGCAUUGUAACAGUUGGCAUUGGCGGUCCAAGUGGUUCUGGUAAAUCAAGCUUAGCAGAAAAGGUGGCAUCUGUUAUUGGUUGUACUGUUGUAUCAAUGGAGAACUAUCGUGAUGGAUUUGAUGAAGGGAAUGAUCUGGGUUCAAUAGAUUUUGAUAUGCUGGUCAGAAAUCUUGAGGAUUUGACAAAGGGUGAAGAUACAUUGAUUCCAGUAUUUGACUAUCAACAAAAGAAACGUGUUGGUUCAAAAACAAUAAAGAGUGCUUCAUCUGGGGUGGUAAUAGUUGAUGGCACCUAUGCUUUGCAUGCAAAAUUGCGCUCUUUGCUAGAUAUUCGAGUUGCAGUGGUUGGUGGUGUUCAUUUUAGCCUUCUUUCCAAAGUUCAAUAUGAUAUCGGAGAUUCUUGUUCACUGGAUUACCUUAUUGACAGCAUUUUCCCAUUGUUUAGGAAGCACAUUGAACCAGACCUUCAUCAUGCACAGAUUAGGAUUAACAACAGCUUUGUCUCAUCAUUUAGGGAGGCAAUCUACAAGCUGAAAUGCAGGAGUGAGGCAGCAGAAGAACAUUUUGCUUAUGCCUUUCAAGGAAAUGAAGCUCAAAUAGAUAAUUUCAUUGAGAUGUAUCUUAGGCCUCCUUCAGCAAGUGAAGAAGCACGGAUAAAUGAUUGGAUCAAGGUGCGCCAAUCAGGUAUAAGGUAUUAUCUGUCACUUGGGGACCAGAGGAUUGUCGACAAAAAUUUCAUUAUCAGGCCAAAAGCUGAAUUUGAGCAGGUUGGAAGGAUGACUUUAGGUGGGUUACUGGCUUUGGGAUAUGCUGUGGUUGUUAGUUACAAACGAGCAUCUAAAUCGGUUGAUAAUGGAAAUGUUUCAUUGUCACUUGAAACCAUUGAUACCCUUGGUGAGACAUUCAUGGUGCUGAGGGGCACAAAUAGAAAAACAGUUGGAACUGAAGCAUUGAAGAUGGGUAUUAAUGAGCCUUGGAUCACUAAAUCAUAUCUGGAAUUGAUUCUUGAGAGAAAAGGUGUACCUCGCCUCAAUACACCACCCCUUUUGCCAAAUACAUCUCUGACCUCUAGUCAGGACAGAAUGAUUGCUGCACCAAGACCAAUUCGCGUUCCUCCUAACCUUGUUACUCGGCUUGAGGAUCUAUCUCAGCCAUGGACUAGAUCUCCAACAAAAUCUAAGAUGGAACCUAUAGUAGCAACAUGGCAUUUCAUCUCAUCGGAUCCUCCUCAAGCUGAUAGCUCAACCAUAGAUCCUUCCUCUUUCAGGGACACCGUGAAACUUGCUCCAAUGCCUGAUUCGUAUGACUUGGAUAGAGGAUUGCUUCUUGCUGUGCAAGCAAUACAGGCACUGUUGGAGAAUAAAGGUUUUCCAGUCAUAGUUGGAAUUGGAGGUCCAAGUGGUUCUGGAAAAACUAGUUUGGCUCAUAAAAUGGCAAACAUAGUUGGUUGUGAAGUUGUUUCCCUUGAAAGCUAUUAUAAAUCUGAACAAGUAAAGGAUUUCAAAUAUGACGACUUCAGCUCGCUGGAUCUAUCUUUGCUUUCAAAAAACAUUGAUGACAUAAGGAAUGGUCAAAGGACAAAAGUACCCAUAUUUGAUUUGGAAACUGGUGUUCAGAGUGGCUUCAAGGAACUUGAAGUUUCUGAGGACUGUGGAGUGAUUAUUUUUGAAGGAGUUUAUGCUUUGCAUCCAGAUAUCCGAAAAUCACUUGACUUGUGGAUUGCUGUUGUUGGAGGUGUUCAUUCACAUCUCAUUUCUAGAGUUCAAAGGGACAAAAGUAGAGUGGGGUGUUUUAUGUCCCAGAAUGAGAUCAUGAUGACAGUGUUUCCAAUGUUCCAGCAGUUCAUUGAACCUCAUCUUGUUCACGCACACCUCAAAAUUCGAAAUGACUUUGAUCCCGUGCUUUCCCCUGAGAGUUCAUUGUUUGUAUUGAAGAGUAACAAGCAAGUGGCUUAUCAAGAUAUUUUGAAAAUACUGGAUCCUGCAAAGUUCUGCAGCUCUGUCCAGAAUUUCAUUGAUAUAUACUUGAAGCUUCCUGGACUUCCUACUAAUGGGCAGUUAACAGAGGGUGACUGCAUUCGGGUCAGAAUAUGUGAGGGCAGAUUUGCGUUGCUGAUACGGGAGCCUAUAAGAGAAGGAAACUUCAUCAUCCAACCUAAAGUGGAUUUUGAUAUUAGCAUUAGUACAGUUGCUGGGCUUCUUAACCUUGGGUAUCAAGCCGUAGCUUAUAUUGAAGCGUCUGCUUUCAUCUAUCAAGAUGGAAAGAUUUUGAUUGAGGUUGAUCAUCUACAAGAUGCCCCAAACCCUUACCUGCAAAUCAAGGGGGUUGAUAAAGAUGCUGUAGCAGCUGCAGGAUCAAUGCUUAAAUUGGAUGGUUCAUAUACUACAAAGAGCUAUCUUCAAAUAGUGCUGGAAAGAUUGCCAGCAUCGGGAAGAGGCUCAGGUGGAAUUCACACUCAGCAAGCUGCAAGGUUGCAGGAACUUGUAGAAUUUAUUCAAUCUCAGGGCAGCAGUUCAGCUUCUGAAUCGUCACCAAUUAGAGAAGUUUCUCCGGUUGAAGGGGUUAUCGAAGACAUGCAGUCAAGGAUUAGAAGACUUGAGCGGUGGCAUACAAUCAAUACGGUACUAUGGACAUUUUUGAUGUCCGCACUUGUUGGUUAUUCGCUCUACCAAAGGAAGCGUCAGUGAUGCCGUCCCGGUUGUUUUCUGUUUACCAUUGCAAGAAAGAGACUUUCUUGUUGCAUUGAUCAUAUCAUCAUUUUUACUGCGGCUGUCUCAUCUCCUUCCGCAGGGUCAAGUCAAUUGCUGAAUAUACAGAGUCAAAACAGUAACUUCCUAACUACAGUCACAGUUGCGUUUUAUGUGACUCACAAAAAUGAUACGCACAACUUGAGAGCCAUUUAUUGUAUCAAAGUGAUCCUUCUCUUACACUAUGGUGAGAAGAAAGAAAAUGACAAGUACAUACAGGCUGAGACUCAGAGAAGAAUACACUCACUCCUCCUCCAUUUAUUUUUUUUCUUUUUUUGUUAGAAGUUAUAAUUUACUCAAUGAAAGAUUAUUGAUGAGUUGUUUGCUGCU